CAGCUUUUGUCCGUCACGCGUGUAAACGCAGCCAACUUCACGUUUCGGCAUUGACAAGCCGUCUCUUUCCUGUUGAAUUUUUGACAAAUCAACAACACAAAAAUGGCCAAGCGCACCAAGAAGGUUGGAAUCGUUGGUAAAUAUGGUACCCGUUAUGGUGCCUCGCUGCGUAAGAUGGUCAAGAAGAUGGAAAUCACGCAGCACAGCAAAUAUACCUGCUCCUUCUGUGGCAAGGAUUCCAUGAAGCGCUCCGUCGUCGGCAUCUGGUCGUGCAAACGCUGCAAGCGCACCGUUGCCGGUGGUGCCUGGGUUUACUCCACCACAGCUGCCGCGUCCGUGCGCUCCGCCGUCCGUCGUCUGCGUGAGACCAAGGAACAGUAAACCCCACACUCAUCUCUGGAUGUUUACGUUUACGUUAGUGGUUACCGUAGUUAAUAGACAACGCGAUUGAUUUUCUGUGGUUUGCGCCGCGCCGGUCGAAAGAGCUGUUCUGCUUUAUUCCAAAAGCAAAUGUGAAAAAUAAAGAAAUCUUUUACUUAUGCCAGUAAAAA